CCAGACGCGCCCUUCUCUCCCGUCUCUCUGCAGCGUCUCCCUCUGCACGAGACAGCGACCGCGUGGAUUGUUGGAAGAAUUGUUAUUGUUGUUGUUGUUGUCAUUAUUGUCGAGAUCGUGUGAUGGCUUCGGCACUGAAGCACAAGUUGGCCAAGGUGUUGCAUCGGGGCGAGCACGGCGAUAAUGGCGACAACCAUAACCGCCAUCAAGCUUCCCAUGCCCCGGUCCCUGCCCCUGUCCCUGCUUAUACCAAUGCCAAUGCCAAUGCCUACGCCUAUGCCAAUGGCAACGACGCUGCUCCAUCGCCAGCAGUGGCCCGCACCUCCGAGGACAAGAGACUCGCUCGCAACUCGAGAAGCUCGUCGGUGCGAGAAUUUGUGAGGAGAAGUGCAAGUAAGUGCAGCAUUCCUCCUUGAGUUGUCGUUCUCAUCACGGACUUCUACCGUCUACCGAACAUCCCUAUCAAUCAUCACAACGGCACGGCAACCCGGUCCACGGAGCCGCAGCCCGUCAACAUCCUUGUGACAGGCCCGAGUGCUUGGGUGAGCUGUGCAGGGUUUGGCGAGGGACUCCUGUCUUCCGUGGAACUAUCCGACGGCGUGGUAUAGCAUCACACACACUACCAUCACCACUACUCUCGACUGCCGACUACACAAUAACGGGGAAAAGAGGCGCGUUCCAUCGUUGCCAGACGUGUGGUGCCGGACAUCACUAAUUAUUCUCCCACCAAACCAGGUCGAUCGCGAUCCCGCCCCACCGGCCAUAAUUCCACCGCUUCUCGCUCUUCCAGGGACUACUCGCAACACUCACCAGCACUGCCCAAGCGUGCAGCCUCGAGCGUACGACGCGUCGACGAUCACCGAGAUCUCUCUGCCAAAUUCAAGCAAUUGGAGGUGAAUGGCGCCAAUGGCACUGCCAAUGACGGGAAUGGUGCCCAGCCAACACAUCGUGUGGACAGCGCCGGAAGUGGCCACACUGCCGCUCAGCAUGCGAAGGAGUCCAUUCCAGAGCACUUGCAGCAAGAGGAGGGAGGAUAUGGACCACAAGACGCUCCGCUACGCAACAUGAGUCGUGAUGGAGAACCAGUCAUCAACGUGAGGAGAAGCGAUGACCCAGCUCGCCCGCCCAGCGCUCGUCUGAGCAACGACAUGACAAGGUCAGGCAGUUCUCGCAUCAGCAACAGUAACGGUGCUCCUAGAAACGUCAUUCCAGCUGCCGCCGUUCCACCCCGUGACGCGAGUCAAGACUGGCAGCGCCAGAAUGGUGGCGCCAGCACGAGGAGAAUGAGCCCGCCCGUGGACCAGCGUCGACACUCGCUCGCCCGCGACGGCCAAGCGGUCAAGAACUUCAGCACUCCGUCCACCCAGCCUCGAGCUCCGCCAGACCACCUGGUCCACGACUCCGAUGCCCCCAUCGACCUCGCCGCUCACGGCAUCAAUCUGACCAACACGGAGGACACGACCGUACACACCACGUCCGCGCCGGCAGUCGUGCACGAAACCGUGCGAGUGGACACGCAUGAAAUCGUCACCGAACGCGUCGAACGAGAGAUCCAUACCCACGACGUCUACCACCGCAUUCUCCCCAUCGUCGACAUUGAAGUCUUGCCGCCUCGCCAUUUCGUGCAAACGCCUGCGGGAGGUCGCUACGAGAUUUCGGCCGACAAGGUGCCCGGCGGUGCAGCUCAAAAUCUCAAUCUGCAGCGCGUCAUUCAGGAAGCUGUCGACCGCGAACUCGCUCGUCUAUAUCCCCCUCAGUCGGGUCCGAGGAGGUUUACCGCGCUCGAGUUUGAUCCUCGUGGCACAGUGGGCGAUUUCCGGGAAGGUGUAGGCGAAAAUGGAUGUCACUUUUCCGAGCAGACCUGGGUGCAUCCUCCUGUCAUUGACAUGGGUGGUUACGAGACCGGUCAGACGGUCCCCUUCCAUUUCGAUCAUUCCCAUGUGCAGUCUAGCGCGGGAGGCGUUGUCGGGAACGGCAGCGUAGUCUACGAUGAUCAUCAAGGCGGAAUUGGUCGCGUUCCCAGUGUUGGUGAGAAGGGCAUCCCCGGUCGCAGGAUAGGGAGUAUUUCACGAAAGCCCGUACCGCUCUAGGUGGGUGAGUUGAGAGUUGAUGAAAGUCAGUACGAGCAAAAAAGAAAAUUCAGAAGAAAAAUCCAAAAUUGGCAGCAUCCCUAACUGAGCGAUGGUGUUGGCGGUUUGAAGUCUGUCUGUAUUGUGUGCAGCUUUUCUUUUGUAUCUCUCUCGGGCCUCAAUUACGAAAUGUAAUAACAGUACUGUAUUGUAUAUACAUAUACAUAUACACCUUACAUAUUGUAACGAG